UAGUUGAGUAUCAUUCGAGAACCGAAGACCAAACAGCAAACAACCAACAAUCACCAUGAAGUUCCUCAUUGUCUUCGUUGCCCUCUUCGCCGUGGCCCUUGCCGCUCCUGCCGAUGAUGUGACCGUCCUCCGCCAGGUUUCCGAAGUCGGACCCGAGAGCUUCAGCAACGCCUACGAGACCAGUGAUGGAACAUCCGUCCAGUCCGAGGGACAGCUGAAGAACAUUGGAGCCGAGAACGAAGGCAUCGUCUCCAGUGGCUCGUACAAGUUUGUGGCCGAUGAUGGACAGACCUACACCGUCAACUGGGUUGCCGAUGAGAACGGUUUCCAGCCCUCCGGCGCUCAUCUGCCAGUUGCUUAAGUUAAUCCACAGAAGUCAACUUUGAUUCAAUCCCCUGUUAAUAUCCCCAAAAAAUAUCCCAAAAGCGAUCUAGUCUUCUCGAUCCAGUUCGAAAGGAUGAAAGUCCAAGUCAAUUGUUGAAUAUUAAAGAAAAUAAUGAGUACC